AAGCGCCGCGGCUGGGUGCCCACAUGUCGAUCGGCGGCGGCCUGCCGCGCGCCAUCGACCGCGCCGCGGCAACCGGCUGCGAGUCGCUGCAGAUCUUCACGAAAUCAUCGAACCAAUGGCGGGCGCGGGCGAUCCCGGAGGCGGAGGUCGCCGCGUUUCGCGCGCGGGCGGCGGAGACGGGAUCGGACCGAUCGUCGCGCACACCAGCUACCUGAUCAACCUCGCCGCGGCCAAUCCGGCGCUGCGCGCGCGUUCGGUCUCGGCGCUUGCGGAGGAGCGCGCCGGGCCGACCUGCUCGGCCUGCUCGGCGUGGUCUCCAUCCGGGCGCGUACACGACCGGUACGGAAGGGACGGUAUCCGCUACAUCGCCGACGGCAUCGCCGAGGCGCAGUCGCGCCAGACGGGCGGCAGCCUGCUGCUGCUGGAGCACACCGCGGGCCAGGGCACCAUGCUCGGCUGCCGCUUCGAGCAACUCCGGGCGAUGAUCGACCGGCUGGACGAUCCUUCACAGGUGGCCAUCUGCCUCGACACCUGCCACCUGCUGGCGGCCGGCUACGACAUCGUUUCGGAAGCGGGUUCUACGCGCAGGUAUUCGAGGAAUUCGACGCGAUCCUCGGGCUCGACCUGCUGAAAGUAUUCCAUCUGAACGACUCGAAGAAGCCACUCGGCAGCCGCGUCGACCGGCACGACGGGAUCGGCCGGGGCUGCAUCGGCGUCGAGCCGUUCCGGCGCCUGCUGCAGGACGCGCGCUUCCGGCAUCUGCCGAUGGUGCUCGAAACGCCGAAGGCGAACGGCGGCGGGGCCGACGAGAUCGCCGCCGACGCACUGGACCUGGAGAACCUGGCGAUACUCAAGCGGUUCCGCGAUGAGGUUUGA